AUGUUUAUAGCUGUUUCGGGUUCUAUAUUAACGGAUUACGAAGAAUGUGUAAAGAAAAACGGAUUUGGUGACAACGAGCUGGUCUGUGAUCCGGAUAAUCUGCUGUUGAAUAGCACAAAAGAACACCUAAGAUCGUUGUUGGCUGUACUGCAGGAAAAGGUUCACUGCGAAUGCGCUCAAGGAUGUCAUCGAGACAACGGAAAUGACAAGUUGGUUGAACUGUCGUUCUUGAUUCUUGUUCUUCCAGCAAUCAUGCUGAUAGUUUUGGAUUCUGAUAACGCUGAUACUGAUGCUAUUGCUACAGACCAUAAUGAUAUUUCCUAUACCGGUUUGUUGUUGGUGACGACAACAGAAAAAAUUGAGGUUUCCGACAGAAGCCUUGAAGAGUUGACAAAACAGAUCUAUGAAAAUGCAAAUUUGGGUAAUCAGGAUUGCGAUAAUGGCAUAUUGAUCAUCUAUAUUCGAGACAAAAAACAGGUAUAUUGA